GUCCACGCAUCGUCGAAAUCGUACAGUUUACUGUACUGUUCUCCUUUAACAUAAAGUCCUUUGUGCCUGACAUAAAAAAAAAGAGCCCCACGCUUCUCAUUCGAUUCAUCGUAACCAGAAAGACGUCGGAAAAAGUGUCUUUUAAGGGAAAAAGCGAAUUCGAAAAUGGAAUCACAUGAGAAGACACUGAAGACCACGGGUGAAACCUACGGUCUUGAACCUGUGGCCUUGGAAAUGCAGCAGCCUAAUGGCAACGGCUCCCUCCCUAAAAGGGUGCUAAAAGACCUUGAUGACCUGUUCCCGUACAUUGGCGGCUUUGGCUGGUACCAACGGAUCCUGUUCCUCCUGAUGAUACCCUACGCGUUCUUCUUUGCAUUCGUAUACUUCGCCCAAAUAUUCAUGACCGUGGUGCCUUCGGAACAUUGGUGCUAUGUGCCUGAACUUGCAAAUUUGACAGUUGAAGAAAGACGUCACCUUUCGAUUCCCCAAAAGGAUUUAACUAAGUAUGAGAAAUGCCUUGUAUACGAUGUUGAUUGGACCGGUGUUCUGGAAACUGGUAACCUGAUGCCGGACUCAAAGUGGCCUUCAAAGAAGUGCAAUGGAAGAUGGGAAUUCAAUUUCACAGAUGUGCCUUAUGAAACUAUAGCUACAGAGCUGGGAUGGGUGUGCGAUAAAGACAACUAUCCCGCAACGGCUCAAGCCAUUUUCUUCUGUGGAUCAAUUAUUGGAGGGCUGAUCUUUGGUUGGGUAGCCGAUAAAUAUGGACGUGUGCCUGCUAUUGUAGGUACAAACAUGGCAGGUUUCUUAGCGGGAGUUGGCACAGCUUUCGCAAAUAGCUUCUGGUCUUUCUGCCUUUGCAGAUUCCUGGUGGGAUUGGCGUACGACAACUGCUUCGUUAUUAUGUACAUUGUGGUGGUAGAGUACGUGGGGCCAAAAUGGCGUACAUUCGUCGCGAACAUGUCAAUAGCAGUAUACUUCACGUUUGCGGCGUGUCUCCUCCCCUGGAUUGCCCUGGGGGUGUCCAACUGGAAGGUGUACACACUUAUAACCAGCGUGCCCUUGGUGCUGUCGCUGUUGACUCCGUGGUUCGUGCCUGAGAGUGCAAGAUGGCUCAUUUCACAAGGACGUCUUGAUGAAGCAUUCAAAAUUUUGAAGAAAUUUGAAAGAGUGAACGGAACCAAAAUACCUGAAGAUAUCUUAAAGGAGUUUAAGGAUACAGCCACAGAAAUAGCUAAAGCGGAAGCAGAAAUCAAGAAUUACUCCGUAGUGGAUCUCUUCAAGACGCCACGUCUGCGGCGGCACAGUAUCCUGCUCGUGGUUAUCUGGAUGUCCAUCGCCAUGGUGUUUGAUGGGCACGUGAGGAACGUUGGCUCGUUGGGCCUAGACAUGUUCCUGACCUUCACGAUCGCUACAGCCACAGAGUUCCCGGCUGAUAUCUUCUUGAUUUUGAUAUUAGAUAUUUUGGGUCGUCGUUGGCUCGCUUUUGGCUCCAUGUUGAUGAGCGGUUUGUUUAGCUUCUUAGCUACGACUGUUCCACUCGGCAUCCCAUCGGCCUCACUCGCGAUCGUCGGCCGCUUUGCCGUCAACAUAUCCUACAACAUCGGGAUGCAGUACGCGGCAGAGUUGCUACCGACAGUGGUGAGGGCUCAAGGACUGGCUCUCAUACACAUCAGCGGCUACGUGGCCACUAUACUCGUACCUUAUAUAGUUUACUCGGCAACUAUUUCUCCGGAGAUCCCACUUCUGAUACUCGGCGCAAUCGGAAUAUUUGGUGGUUGUCUAUGCCUCUUCCUGCCGGAGUCUAUGGGCAAAAACAUGCCACAGACAAUACAGGACGGUGAAGAGUACGGAUCUGAACAGAAGUUCUGGGAUAUGCCGUGUUGCAAGAGGAAGAUCUGUGAGCCCCCUGUAGAACAGCAAUAUAAAAUAUGAAAAGACAUCGAAAGAAUAAAAUUAGUUUUAUGUCAUUUAAGUUCCACAUACAUUAGCGGUGCGAGCGGUGAUAGCUCAGUGGUUAGUGAUUGGGUCUCCGUUUCCGGGGACCGAGUUCGAUCCCCGGUACGCACCAAUAACUUCUCGGAAUUAUGUGCGUUUUUUUUUUUUAAUUUCCCUUUUUUUAACGGUUAUGGAAAACGUGAGGAGCCUGCAUGCCUGAGAGUUCUCUAUAAUGUUUUCAAAGGCGUGUGAAGUCUUCCAAUCCGCACAUGGCAAGCUUGUUGGAUUACGGUCUGGACCUUUUCUUUCUGAGAUGAGACCCGUAUCCUGUAAAGGGUUCAUUGUAAAGGUACGUGGCAUCACAGAAAGUUCGUGCAAGUAGAGUGCCCACUAAUGCAAAUAACUUAACGUGUAGUACAAUUUACAUGUAUGUUACAGCAGUAGACCGUGCUAGUAACUUGGGCUCGAAGUUCGGUAGAGUUUGAUUGAGUGUACUUGCAGGUAGAAAAGCCUUUGAUUUAGGCUUAAGAAAACACAUGCAAUCAGUCAGUCGCGAUGCUAUUUUGAAUAAUCGCUUUGUGUAUAAAGACAUUUAAACGGGACGUUAACGUACAUAUAAUUAGGAAUAACUUAAUUGAAUUGCUUUUAUAUAUUGUAUACUCAUGUGUAAUAAUUUGUGAAU